CAGUUUUCUAAAUCACUGCUUGAAAGUGUCAUUGCAUCAAACGGACAUUGUUAUUAGUCUGGUGCCUCGCGGAGUGAGAUGGAAGCUUAUAUAGUGUAAAGAGUAAAGAGCAAAUUCCUUCUUCAGUCUGGUAUCUUUCAUUUGAAUCUUCAGAUGAGAUAUUUUCAAAAGUUGUCAAUUGUCAAGUCAUAAAAUAUAUUAAUUAUGACCUCGAAGGUAGUGCGAGACUUCACAUGAAAAACUACUAUUAUUCUGGCAAAUAAAGAUUCAUAUUUGUAAAUACAGAUCUGAUCCUAAGGAAUUCGUGAUGGCAGCUUUUAAAACCAACGAAACAGCAGUAUAUCGAGGAAUACAAGACGCGGAAUUUGAAGACGCCGAGUCCAUUGUUUCUUGUCACCUCCACGAUACAGUAGCUGCUGAUGAAGUUGAAUCUUAUGCAAAUGGCAACACAAAGAUCUCAUUUGCAUCAGAUUAUUUAACAUAUAUUCUUGCUGUUGAUUGUAAUAAAUUUGAAGGGAUUCGAUGGGUCGGAGUGUUUACACCAACACCAUAUCCAACAGCGGAAGAUCUUCUUGGCGUCAGAAAUACUUUGAUUAAUUUGAAUGUGACAUCGCCUCUAAAUUUUUCUCAGUGCUCAAAGGUUGCUGUUGAAACCGAUAUUUCAACAAAAUAAUGCCACGACCAAAAAUUGGAUUGUUUGACUCAUAUUAUAUCCACGCAUCCUAUUAUAGAACGAUAUAGCAAAUAAAUAUUCAGACGCAUAACAAAAAAAUUUUCACCAAUUUCACUGUUUGUUUGAUAGACAAUGUUUGGAAUACUUGCUUUAUUUACUAUUCUAUCAAUCUCUCUUUCACUCUAUUUCAAAGGUGGGGUAUUACGGAAAAUGUAUUUGGGGAAAUUGAUUCUAUAUAGUUGUUUAGAACGUAGCGCUUAACGUUUCUACAAAGUUUCCACGACGACGGAAUUUUCGAGGAACGCUUAAAUCACUGGUUCUUAACCUUUGUGAGCCUGCCGAACUCCUACGCUAUUCCGCAAGCUCCUGUCGAACCCCAAAUAUUUGAACUAAGAGCGCAACCUUAACUUAGUGAGGGUAAGUCGUUUUUGUACAAAUUUAUAGAAAAUUUGACCGCCUCCAAUUGAUAGAAUAUGAAUUCGUUGCCUUACUGUUGAGC